CAGACAUCACAGCUUCAUAUUAUUUUAAGGGCAUUAUUUUUUUUUAAUUGUCAGACUUAACUUGAUAAACACGGACAAUACUGGUCUGUGCAAUUCUUACGAACAUGGGAUCUGAUGUGAAAUGAGCAUGCCAUGUUCCAAUAGAUUUCUUUUUUUUUAAUUGUCUUGUUUUUUCCCUCUUUUAUAUAAUAACAGCAGGGAAAUGCAUAUUGAUUAUGUAAAACGUAGAGAGAAUGCAUAAAUAAAGACAACUGACAAAACUGCAUCAAUACGGGCUAUUGUUAUAUAGUCAGAUACGCGUUAUUGAGUGUGUUUGAGGCCAGGUGUGAUGAUGUGUAGCGUAUGCAUCUAAAAACUAUGCUGUAGCUACAAAAUAAGAUGGUAUGAAUUCAACAAAUGACGAAUAAACAACAAACCACGAUGUUUCAUUAAGUAACAAUACAUACCCUACUGAAACCUAAAGUGUCCAACAGCAAAUUAUACGAACGUGUUUAAUUAAUUAGGCUCUUUUUUAAUUGUAGUCAAAUAUUGUAUUGUUUGCCUUUAUUUUGGAAAAUGAGAGGUGGAACCGGAAGUAGUGCUGCUUCUUUUAGCGGCAGUCUCUGAAAAUUGCCGCGUCUGCUUGAGCUCCUCGCUUAAUAAAGGAAUGUCUGAUUCCAUUGGAAGUGGCCGUUUUAACCUCCCUGACUAUGACCAGUUCGAGGAUGAGAGCUUUCCUCCUCUCCCACCACCCCUCUCCCCAGGCCUUGGAGGGGACGACCCGUUUGGUAAUGGGGAGGAAGACGGAGACCUCUCCAAACUAGCAGAUGUUCCCGCAGCUAAACGAAGGACGGUCAAAAGGCCACAGCCCAAACUGGAUUCCCAGAGGCUCACUUCAGAGAGGGGACUACCAGCUCUACGGACCCUGUUUGGCAAUGUCAGAUUUAAAGGCAAAGGGCAUGAGGCAGAGGAUCUGCGUGUAGUCAUGCAGAAGAUGGAGAACUGGGCCCACAGAUUGUAUCCCAAACUGCAAUUUGAUGAUUUCAUGGACAAAGUGGAGAGGCUGGGCAGCAAGAAGGAUGUUCAGACCUGCCUGAAGAGAAUACGACUGGACAUGCCUUUGGUUCAUGAGGACUUCAUUGGGGAGACAGAGGUGACUCCGGUGCAGCAUGUCUUUGAGGAUCCAGAACCUUUUGGCAGCACUGGGAGAUUCCCUCUGGGCUCCCAAGGCCCAGCCCACUCCACCCCAGCCCACACCACCCCAGCCCCCACCACCCCAGCCCCCACCCUGACAGAGGAGCAGCAGAGGCGCAUCGAGCUUAACAGACAGCUGGCCCUGGAGAGGAGGCUGGCCAGAAGACAGCCCCCCACAGACCAACCAGACUCCCAGGCCGACUCCCAGGCGGCCGUCUCCGCCCAGACAGACUCCUCCCAGGCCACCUCUGCCCAGGCAGCCUCCUCUCAGGCCACCUCUGCCCAGGCAGCCUCCUCCCAGGCAGCCUCCUCCCAGGCCACCUCUGCCCAGGCAGCCUCCUCCCAGGCCACCUCUGCCCAGGCAGCCUCCUCCCAGGCCACCUCUGCCCAGGCAGCCUCCUCCCAGGCCACCUCUGCCCAGGCAGCCUCCUCCCAGGCCGGUGUACAGGCCUCUUCUGUACACCUACCCCCAGCUAUUUCGCCACCGACUGAGCCCUGUCCACUGGUGCCUGGGUUUGAGGAAAGGAAGGACAUGGAGGUGGGCCCCAGCACAGAACCCCCAAUAGAUGCCGAACUCGACCCAGCGUGAGGGAGUAGAGCCCAGCCAGCCCGGGAGUAAGCUGGACAGCCAUUCACUUGUCCCGUGCACGCUUACACAGUGCAGGUCUCCAUUGUGUUCUUGGUUUAUUUGAAAGCUUGUCUUCUGUUUUGGACAUGCAAACCACACUGUACAUUGUGUCCUAAAGUGGUCCUUAGUUAAUACGUGCAGGAGUCACUAACUUAUUCUCAAAGUUGGUUUUAAUUGGAUAUUUUUUCCCAAAUAUUAUAUUUUAAUUAAAACUAAAGUCGACGCCU